AUGGCGUCAAAAAAGAGAAAAUACGACAAUAGUUACAUUAAAUUUGGAUUUACCUCCAUUGAAAGUAAUGGAGAAAUAAAACCACAGUGUGUUAUAUGUGCCUCCGUUCUCGGAAGCGAUGCUCUGAAGCCGGCAAAAUUGAAACGCCACUUAGAAAUGGUCCAUCCUAAUUUAUCUGACCGACCACCUGAAUUCUUUGAAGGUAAAUUAGAGAAUCUCAAAAAGAUGAAACUUGGGCCUAGCAGUUCAAGAUAUGCGUCAUAGGAAAAAACAUUAGUUGCGUCGUUUGAGAUAUCGAAAUUGAUAGAACAAUAAAAAAAACCACACACAAUAGGAGAAACACUCGUCAAACCUUGUUUGAUGAUAGCUGUCGAAGAAGUUUUAGGGAUGGAAGCCAAAAAGAAAAUACAAGAAAUACCUCUAUCGAACAACACAGUAAAAGCUCGAACUGAAAUUAUGUCAAAUGACAUCGAGCAGCAGCUUGUUUCGAAAAUAAAAAUUUUGCCAUGUUUCACUUUGCAGUGUGAUGAAUCGACAGACAUUUCAAAUUGCAGUCAGUUGCUCGUAUUUGUCCGCUUUUUAGACAACGACAACACUAUUAAAGAGGAAUUAUUGAUUUCGCGGAAACUGGAAAUGACGUCAAAAGGUAUCGAUGUCAUGAAUAUAAUAGCGGAGUAUUUUGAGAAACAUAGCAUUAUGUGGGAAAAGCUCACCGGCUUCUGUACGGAUGGCGCUCCAGCCAUGUUAGGAUCACGCUCCGGUCUAGCAACAUUAAUAAAACAGAAGAAUCCUUCAGCAAUAACAACUCAUUGUAUCAUACAUCAUCAGGUGUUAGCUUCCAAGACUCUUCCUAAAAACCUUGUUAAUACCAUGGAAAUAGCCAUAAAAGUGGUCAAUGUUAUUAAAAGCAGUGCCUUAAAUACACGCCUCUUUAAAAAACUGUGCACUGAAAUGGACUCCGAUCAUGAGACUCUUCUAUUCCACACUGAAUUUCGUUGGCUAUCGAAUGGCAAUAUGCUGGGAAGGUUAUUUGAACUAAGAAAAGAGGUUGAGCUGUUUCUAGCCAAGAAGAAAAUUAAGAAUUUACUAGAGCAGUUUUCUGAUUCGAAAAGUCAGAUGCAUCUGGCUUAUCUUGUGGAUAUUUUCUCACAUUUGAAUAAACUAAACUUACAGUUGCAAGGUUCUGGAAAC